CGGGUGGUUUUGUAAGAAAUGGAUUGAGGAUAAUCGGAGGGAAUCCAAACCAUAUGCAGCCAAAGCCAAACACAUACUACCUCAUCCCAUCUUCUUUCUAUACUCAUGUUCUUCAUCUAUUACACAUAUUAAUAUCUAUCUAAUAAAUAUAUAUACAUACAUAUAAUAUAUUCACUGCUCCUUAUUAUAAUGAUUGAGUCAGCCAUGACCUUCCGAUUCUCCGCCGCCAUCGCCGCCGCACCUUAUUAUCGGCCUAUGUUGAGCUCCGACGAUGUCAAUGGACUUGUCCAUGUAACCUCUUGCCGCGUUUCUCACGCCUCUGUAUUCGACGUGCCGUGGAGUAGAUAUCGAAGAACGAACAGUGCUUCUCCUAGAAAAUGCCAUAUUAUUAAGAACAGGAUUCAUGCUUCAACAAAGCAUUUAGGGCCAGGUUCAGAUCCUAUAAAGCAGAAUGGGAGGCCACAAUAUCACCCAUUUGAGGACAUUGCUAAAUUAACACCAGAGAAUGGUGCAGGUGCUCGACUUACAUCUGCAGAAACCGCCAGGACAAUAAUUGAGGUAAACAGCAAGGCAACACUUAUGUUUUCAAAUUUGAUGAAUGAUGAAAUCAGUGAGAGUAUGUUCUGGCCAGAGUUGCCUUAUGUAACUGAUGAGCGUGGAAAUAUAUAUUUUCAUGUAAAGGAGGGUGGAGAUACUAUGCAAUCCCUGACCUCAGAAGAUAACUUCGUGCAAGUUAUUAUAGGCUUGGACACUAUGGAAAUGAUCAGUGAAAUGGAAUUAUCAGGUCCAUCAGAAAUUGAUUUUGGAAUUGACGAGAUUGAAGAUGAAGAUAGUGAUGAUGAAGAUGAGGAGGAUGAGGAAGAUGAAGAGACUGAUGAUUAUGAUUCGGACUGGGUUGCUAUUCUUGAGGAUGAUGAUCCGGAUGAUUCUGAUGAGGCGCUUGGAGACUGGGCAAAGUUGGAGACUAUGCGUGCCUCCCACCCUAUGUUUUUUGCCAAAACACUUGCAGAGGUUGUUUCAGAUGGCUCCAAAGAUUGGAUGGAGCAGCCACCGGCUAGUCUAGCUAUUCAAGGCCUUAUAAGACCUGCCUUGAUUGAGGAACAUUCGGUCAUUCGAAAACAUCUAUCCAACCUACAUGGCAACGAUGCUGCACCGGAUAAUAAGGAUGGAGAAUCUGUAGAACAUAAUUCAGAAGAUGUUAGAAUUAAUGGUCAUCGACAUGAAUCUGAAUCUUCCAAGGAUAAUUCAACUGGGGCAGAAGAAUCGGAGAAGGAUGACAUCACAACAAAUGGGGCUACAUUUUACAAGCUGGAGAUGAUAAAAAUUCAGUUAUUUUCAGCCAAUGGACAUCAGACGGUUGUUGAAGUAGAAGACUUUAUGGAAGCUCAGCCUGAUGCGAUAGCACACUCAGCCGCUAAAAUUAUAUCUCGCCUGAAAGAUGGUGGAGAAAAGACUACACAAGCCCUCAAGUCUCUAUGCUGGAGAGUAAUGGGUAUUCAAGUGGAUGAGGCUGUGAUUAUUGGUGUAGAUUCCCUUGGUUUUGAUAUGAGAAUUUGCUCAGAGAAACAAGUCCAAACAUUGCGGUUUGCAUUUGAUACUAGGGCAACUUCCGAGUACGGCGCUGAGAGGCAACUAAAUGAUUUAUUAUUUCCAAGGGUGCAACACAAGUCACAAAAGAUGAAACAAACACAGCAAAAUGAAUGCUAAUAUAAACAUUGUCCAGCGUUACUGUUGUGUAUUGGUUCUACUAGAUGGAUUGUUUGGCCCUUUAAGCACCAAUAUGAAUGUAAGUUGUAGGUAACUUAAUUGGAAAGGGUUGCAAGGGAAGAGGGUUGGUUGGGUCAUGAAGGGUCCUCAAGCUCACGUAUCUGUUAGUUGCAAUCAAUGAUCAUGACAAUUCAUUCUUUUUCAAA